AGGUGAGUAUUGGCUAUGACAAAGUUUCGCGGCCAAUUGGGCUCGGACGAAUUGCGGUGAGCGCGUAAGAUGUUUUUUGUGCUAUGCCUGUGCUGACUCCUUCCCCAGAUUCACCCUUAUAUCGCAUGCAACAUGAACUUCGACCACCUCGCAGAAGAGAGACCGAAUCUGAUCUUUCAAGUGUGGCUUCAGAAUCUACUGAGAAAUUCACCCGAGGAGCUGGCGGGGAGGGUUGCUUCACGCCUGUCAAAGCCGUGCCGCUUGCAAGUGGCGCUUUCAAUGUUUGUUACCGCGUGACCUACGGUGACGGUCAUGAUGUCGUGGUUCGAUUCAUUGGUCUUGGUCGGAUCGUCGCUCGUAGUGAGAAGGUCGAAGACGAGGUCACUAUCAUGCAAUAUGUUGCUCAGCAUACAAGAGUCCUGUUUCAAAGGUUCUGGGAUCUGGGAGCUGUUCGAUUGGACGAGUCCGGCGAGUGGACGGUGCAGAAACGACCAUUCACUUUUAAUUGGCUCUUUUUGGAGGAGCCAGAAGACUGGGAUACUGAUUUUGAUCAGUUCUUGGUGCGCUUCAUGCCGAGAUUCCACACAUUCCUUGGGGUCCUCAAAGAGUGUGAGGCCAAGAUCCAGGACGGCUCAUUACCUCCAUCUCAACGGCUAUCAGUCGCUAUGGAGAAAUCUCUGGAGACGGCAUUGUUUUGGAUGUGCCUCGCUUCACGCCACAGUUCCAUGUUCGACGAAAUAUACUGGAAAUUUAUCGAUCCGAGGUUCCAUGGCCCAUUCAGAACUAUCGAGGAUCGGUCGAGUCUGCUUAGUGCGGAAGAGCGGGCGAACAUUGACACUGUCGUGCAGAAUAAGAUGCGGCAGACGGAUGAGGGCACUUUGGAUUCUCAUUACAGCAUUCAUGAGCUGGUUGAGCUAUAGCUCUUGCCCUCUUGUUCGUGAGUCUGGAUCAGAUGGAAGCUCGCGUAGAGCUGGGGCUAUCGAAACUUGCAGAGUACGACAACAAAGCAUAGAACUCGACAUUUACCCCGCUUGCUGGCGGUACAUGAUAGUUCUUGCGGAUAUAUGAGCACUAAAUAGAUGAGGUAGACACAACACACUGCUAGGUGUCGAACGAGCGGA